CUUGGGACCGCUGUCAUGCUGCCUGACCCUUUUUGUUUUGAGAUUCAGUUCACAGACAGAUGUCCUGACCGGAUUCAGUAUUUAUUGUUUAAUUAAUGAUGGAAAGCUAUCCUGUCCGAGAUGCAGUUAAACAGACCAUUUUAGAUAAGCUGGCCUUUGCUUCUCCACGGAGUUACACAGCAAACACUGUUGAAACUAUUUCUGGCCAAAGAAUACCUAGUUUACGAGAAUGUUCUGGCUGUGUGGAGCUAUUACUUCUCUUUUGUUAAGUCAUGGAGCUGCUCUUCUUCCACCUUGUGACAGUGAGAUCUACUGCACUGGUGAGCUUUUAAAACAGGUUCAGAUGGCCAAACUUUUUGAUGACAACAAGGCCUUUGUGGAUAUGAAAUUGAUUGUGGCACCCGAGAAUGUUUCAGAUGCCUUCAUAAAGCUUACACAAAGUUUUCCAAAUGGAACUGUUCCUCCUUCAGAUCUAAAAUUGUUUGUUAAUAAACAUUUUGCGAAUAGUGGAAAAGAGUUUGAGCCGUGGAGUCCUCCUGAUUGGCACGACAAACCAAAAUUGCUGUCCAAGAUAUCUGACCCAAAAUUUCGCAGCUGGGCAGAGGCCUUGCACAAUUUGUGGAAAUCACUUGGCCGAAAGAUCAAUAAUGAUGUGAGAGACAAUCCUCAACUUUAUUCUAUAAUAUACUGCCCAUAUCCAGGAAUUGUUCCAGGUGGACGCUUUACUGAGUUUUACUACUGGGACUCAUACUGGGUGCUAAAUGGCCUCAUUUUAUCCGAGAUGAUAGAAACAGCAAGAGGAAUGAUUCAAAACUUCCUCCACAUGGUAGAGAGGUAUGGUUUUGUACCAAAUGGAGGGAGAAUUUACUAUGAACGACGCAGUCAGCCACCCUUUCUGCCUCUAAUGGUAGAGAGUUACUAUGAAGCAACUAAGGACACAGAAUUUCUAAAGAAGGCUUUGCCGUUGCUGGAAGAUGAGUACAGGUUUUGGAUGGAGAACCGCUCCAUUGUUGUAGAAGUGAAUAAUGUCAAGCAUGUCAUGAAUCGUUAUUUUGUACAAGUUGGAGAGCCCAGGCCAGAAUCAUAUACACAUGAUGCAGAGCUGGCAGAGGGCUUACCUGCAGAGGCCCAGGAAAAGCUGUGGACAGAACUAAAAGCAGGUGCUGAGUCUGGUUGGGAUUUCUCUUCUCGCUGGUACAUUAAUAACUUGAACCAAAACAGUGGGGUAUUUAAGGACACUAAGACCAGCUCCAUCGUGCCAGUUGAACUUAAUGCUCUCAUUUGUUGCAAUGAGCGUGUCUUGGCCACCUUCCACAGAAUUUUGGGUAAUGAGAAAAUGGCACUUGCAUAUGACAGUGCUGUCGCUUCCAGGCUAAAGGCUAUAGAGAGUGUUUUAUGGGAUGCAAACAAGGGCGCAUGGUUUGAUUAUAACUUGUUGAGUAUGACCAGGAACACAGCCUUCUAUCCAACUAACUUAAGUCCUCUCUGGGCACGGUGCUAUUCUCAGCCUGAGAUGGGACAGCAGGCACUACAGUAUCUCAGAGGGAGUGGUGGUCUGGACUACCCCAAUGGUGUUCCCACCUCUCUGAAUCAAAGUGGCCAGCAAUGGGACAUGCCUAAUGUGUGGCCUCCACUCCAGCACAUGCUUAUAGAGGGUCUUUCCCAGCUUGACUCGAUGGAAGGCAAAGAUCUUGCCUUUGAUUUGGCACAAAAGUGGAUUCAAACAAAUUGGCUGGCUUAUGAAAAAUACGAUGCUAUGUUUGAAAAGUAUGAUGUCAGUGGAGAUGGCAAACCUGGAGGAGGUGGUGAAUAUGAAGUUCAGCUGGGGUUUGGAUGGACCAAUGGUGUUGCUCUACAGCUGUUGGACCAGUAUGGGGAUAAGCUGAGUUCUGGGGGUUGUGUCCUGGGUUGUGGCCUACUGAUUGGAGUCAUUUACCCCAUUGUAAAUUGCAUAUUUUACUAUGCAUUAUUCUGAUAGAUAUAUAUAGAAAAAUGACAUCUUGAAUAAUAACAUUUUAUAUUACCAUUUAUGUCUAUAUGUAGCUAUAACUGCAGCAAUUGCUACAAAUGCAGUGAUUAAAAAAAAAGUGUAAAUCUUUUUUCAAUUAAUUCAAUUAAUUUGUAUGAAUUAUCAAUAUGCUCUAAAUUGUGAUAAAAAUUAUACCCUAGGACAUGAUUGUGUAUACAUAAAGCAUAGUUGUACAACUAUUUAAGUAAAUAAGUGCUUAGGUAAAUUAUUGAACAAAAGCAAGAAAUAAGAGCAAUGUAUAGUUAUAUUUACUAGUGAAUUCCUUCAGAAAGCAGAAGAUGAUGGGAAAUGUCACUUUUGAUUUGUUGUCAUUUAUUUUUUCAUGAUACACAAUCAAGUUGAAUGUAACCAUUUUUUUGAUAGUAGAUCAGGUAGCAGAUUUGUAGAUGUGGCAUUGUUUAAAACAAUGUACUUUACAUUAAUUACGAUGGUCCUGUCCAAAGAAUAGCACCUGCAACAGCUGAUAAUAAAAUUAAGUUUAUUUUUAGAAAAAAGCACAAGAAUAAAGAUAAAGAAAUGUAUAUUACCCAACAAGACAUUUACUCUGCAUUGAUGUCACAGAUCAUUCCUUAUCAUUAUAAGUAAAAAAUGUUUUAAGAUAUUAGUACAAAAAAUAAAAUGCUGUAAUUUCAAGUGUAUAAAUUUCUAUUUUCUUUUGUGCACUUUUUUCCUUAU